AUGGGACACAUAAUCGAUGACCAAGGUAUUCAUCCGGAUCCAGCAAAAAUAAAGGCAUUAACAGAGAUGCCCCUUCCCACAAGCCAGCAGGGAAUAAGACGAUUCUUAGGCUUCAGUAACUAUUAUCGACGAUUUGUGAAAGACUACGCAGAAAUUUCACAGCUUCUAAGUGAUCUCAAGAAAAAUGAAAGAUUUAAAUGGAGCAAAGAACAAGAACAAUCAUCAUUCAAAGCCCUCAAGGAAGCCAUCACCGAGGACUCUCUACUGUUUCAUCCUGACAUGAACGAACCAUUUAUCGAUCAUGUUUUCAUACCACUACGGUUUCAACAAGAAAUAUCUCAGAACAAACCAAAUCAGGAAACUACGGACGACAAGAUCACUAUACCGCAAAGUGACUAUCAGCCUGCGAGCAACAUCAAAGAAACCCGAGACGGACUAACAUUUACCAGGGGAAACAUUGCUCAUUUCCUCGCAGCAGAUGGAGAGGUCAAAAAGCAAAACACCAAACUUUUAAGAGACUUCAAUCUGAUAGACCUGGCGGAAAUACCAACCAAAUAUGUAGCCCUGUACGGAUGCCCCAAGAUAAUCCUCUCAGAUAAAGGGACCAGCUUCCUCAGCAAAUUGUUCAAUCAACUGGGAAAGGUCCUGAGAUUCCACCAUAUAACGACAUCUGGAUACAGACCUCAGUCAAAUGGAGCCCUUGAGAGAAAUCAUCACGUACUAGCCGAAUAUCUGAAGACCUUUACCGACGAAUUCACCGACUGGAACGAGCUACUCCCCUUCGCCAUGCUAUCAUACAACACCACUGUCUCCAUCACCAAGAGGACUAUCAUCAACAAAUCUUCACCACCACAAACGGCAUCAUCACAACUAUCUCCCUGUGCAUGA